AUGGUUUGUGGGUGGUAACUAUUCCACAUGGCUCAACAUCCAUCCUUCUCUUGUCUCCCUCGUCUUCCUUUCUUCUUGGAGUCCAGAUCUCCCACUAAAGCUGCUCUCUAUUGGGCUGGUGACCGCUCUCCUCUUACGUAUGGUACACUAAAUGCAUCCUCAGAUUUAUUCAAGAAUAGACUCUCUGAAGAGCUGCACUUUAAACCAAGCAUCAGUGAAUUAAGCAGCAAUAUUCACAAGAAAUUACAAGCUCUUUCUCCUACACUACCUUCUCCUCGUUUACAUGAUACAGCCCCUGUUAGUGGACCCCUCAAUGACCCAUCUAUUGUGUACAAGAUACAACCACGCAUUGCUUUUAUAUGUGACAACAAUGAUUUAUAUGUCACUUCACUGUAUGCAAUAUGGAAGAUGGGGUGCAUAGCCGUUCCACUGUGUAAGACCCACCCACUGGCCGAGCUGGAGUAUGUCCUGAGAGACUGUGAGGCUUCACUUUUAUUAUCGUCAGAUAAUUAUAAAGAUAUUGGACAUGCAUUAAAACAAUCAGUGGGUGUGGCUCAUUUGAACGUGAGUGAAUUCUUAAACAGUCCCAACUCUGUCUUAAAUGAUAGCAAAGCAGCUGAUAAUUCAAAAUGGACGGAAGAGGCCCCAGUAUGGAGUGAGUUAGGCGCCAUGAUAUUAUAUACUAGUGGUACCACUGGUCAUCCUAAAGGUGUAUUGUUAACACAUUCAAACAUCAGGUAUCAUAUAUACUCUCUUGUUUCAGAAUGGGAUUACUCAGAAGCUGAUGUGGUCCUUCAUGCUUUACCUCUCCAUCAUCUUCAUGGUAUAUUGAAUAUCCUCUUAUGUCCUUUGUCGUGUGGUGCUAGCAUAUUAAUGCAUAACAAGUUUGAACCAGAUAAGGUAUGGUCAUCUCUUCUAAACAAGCAUGAUGGUAAUUAUCCUAAAGUUAAUGUGUUUAGUGGAGUACCCACAAUGUACAAUAGACUGCUGCAAUAUUAUGAAUUAGCUAGAUAUAGCAAUGAAGAGAAAGAAAUGAUUAAAAACCAUUGCCAAUCAAAUAUUAGGUUGAUGAUGUCAGGCUCUUCAGCAUUACCAGACUCAAUUUUCAAGAGAUGGAAAGAAGUGACAGGACAUGCACUGCUUGAGAGAUAUGGUAUGACUGAGACUGGAAUGGUAUUAUCUAAUUUAUAUAAAGGUCAUAGAGAACCAGGUCUUGUUGGAUAUCCACUCCCUUAUAAUAGUGUCAGAUUGGUUUCAAAAGAUGAGGAUAAUAAUCUUAAUAGUGGUACCUUUGGUGAAGUUGAGGAAGGGGAAAUACAUUUGUAUGGUCCAGGCAUCUUUAAAGGUUACUGGAAGAAACCUGAAGCCACACAGAAUGCAUUUACUAUAUUAAAUCAUGAUAAAGGUCAACUUGACGGCCCAGCCCAUUGGUUUGUUACUGGAGACAUUGCUGAAUGCAGGAAUAAUGUGUAUAAGAUACUGGGGAGAGCAUCAGUAGACAUAAUAAAGAGUGGAGGCUAUAAAAUUAGUGCUCUUGAGAUAGAGAAGGUAAUACUGGAGCACUCAUUAGUAAGUGAAUGUGCUGUCAUUGGUGUACAAGAUGAAGAUUUGGGACAGAAAGUAGUUGCAAUAGUUAUACCAACAACUGACAAUCAUGAAUUGUCUUUAGAGAUACUGAAGAACUGGUGUGUUGAUAAAUUAGCACAAUAUAAGCACAUUCAAUCCGUACAAUCUCAGACUCAUUAAGAUUAAAGGUCAGUAUUGAAGUGUUCAGACUGAUAUUAUAUGUAAAAUAAUAACCAUUAUCUUCUUCGUCUUUAGUUUUUCCUACAUGAUAUAUAACGUCGUCAAUUUGGUUCCACAUUAAAGGUUCUAUAGCACUGUAGUUUACAAACCAUACUAAAGCACCAGUAUCUGUUGUGCAGUUGCAUUCUAUUCUAUCCCCUGCACAUACUGGCUCAUCAGUACAUUGAAAGUUAGUGAUAACACCAUCUGUGU